AUGGAGCUGGACAUUCGUCAGUAUUUGGCCAAGGCGAAUGAGAAUCGAGACUCCGACGCUCUACAGUCUGCCUACUGUUUAAUUAAAACUGCGGCAGAAGCUGCCGGCGGACGAAUACCACGCAUCUCAUCUGAGCUGUACCUCGUUUGUGCGGAAGCAGGUCUGCAGCUGGGGUGUGUGGAGAUAAGCUCAGCGUGUCUAAAGUUGUAUUUUGAUGGGAAUCAGCCGGCUAGUGAAUUUUAUUGCCGAGCCCUCCUCUGCCAGGCCCAGCUGAAGUCUCCGCCGGCCACUGGGAGUGUGGAGGAAUUCCAGGAGGCUGUGAAGUGUUAUCUGAAAGCCAUUGAAGUUGCAAAGAAUGAACCAAGAUGCCACUUCAUGGUCUUCAAUGCGUCAGUGCUGUUCUUCCAGACAGUGCGUCCUCUCCUGCAGCCAGGCCGAGGCCUGCUUUUGGUCCCUUCUUUGAAAGAGGUGCUGCAAAGUCUGGAAGAGGUGUCAGACGAAGAUUACAGCUGGAGGGCAGAGCUCAUGAUGCACCUGCUCUCGUGUCUUGUGGACUCUGGAGAGGUUGAGGAAGCUACAAGCUUUUCCAAAGUCACAGAGGAGUUCAUUAAUUCACAUUGCCCACAUCUUUAUCCAAGCCUGUAUAUGUUAUUGGUGCAGCAUGGGCUGUCAGAGGAUGAGUUCCUCCUCCAAAUGAGCGAACAGUGUUCCACUUUAGCAGCCAUUUACAAAAUGCAGGAAUUUAAAAAGUGGAUGGAAUUUAAUAAAAACAAGCCAACCGGGGAGGAUUCUACAAAGCUGGAGGAGAUUUUCUGUCUCCUGGUGGAACGCGCCGAAGCGCCUGCUAUUCCUGUGAAGUCUCCCACCCAACAGAGUCCAACUUCCAUCCAGCCAUCUGACAGAGUCGCCUUCCUCCUGGAAUUGGCUCUGCUGGCCUUGCAAGUGAAGCAUCAGAAAGUAGCUGCUGACUGUCUGAAAGAGCUGCAGUCGGCGGGAGAAGCUAGUGCUGACCAGCGCGUAAUGAUGGAAUGUGUCAACUGUGAACUCAACCUCCUGAAGAAAAAGGCACAUAUGAAAGACUACUCCAAAGCCAGCGUGGAGGCUCGCCUGAAGGAGAUAGGCAAGCUGGAUCAAUGUCUGCAGGCAGCGGUGAGGGAGGGGGGGCCUCAGGCUGUGCAGGCAGUGUGUGUUACCCAGUGGAGCCUCUGUCUGCCCCUCCUUCAGCACAACCUGAGGAAGCACAUCAAGGCACCUCUUCUCAAGCUGGCCAAAUGUUUGGAGGACAUUCAAAGUGUGUUGCUGGAGGUGCGUUGUCAAGUCCACUCAGAGCUGGCAGUAAUAGAAGAGGAGGAGGGGUGUCUGGAGGCAUCUUUGACUCACCUCCAGAAAGCCAUGCUGCUGGACGACGGGGUCCAACGAGAGCGCCUGUCGUCUGCUGUUCAUCUCCUGCAGCUCAGGCGGUCCCCCCACCCCGCACCCGCCCGGGCCGAGGAUAAAGCAGCUAUGCUUAUGCAGCAGACCAGGGACAUGCCGCCUCAAGAUCACACGGACAGUCGAGCCGUUCUGGUCUCUGUGGGUCUCCUUUUGGCUCCUGAUGAUUUUCAGGUGGCACUGGACGCCGACGACACUUCAGGAAGCUGCCUUGGAUCUGAACCAGCAGUUCAGCUGGCCGCUAAGGCUAAGCAUCACUCUGCAUGCGUACAGAUGGUGGGUGGACACCUGGCCAGACAAGGCGAGGAUGGAGACAGUACAGAGAGGGCAAAGUUGUGGGCAACACUCGCAAAGUUAGCCAGGAAACUGGAAGUCUGGGAUGUGUGCCGGGCUGCCUGUCGAUUCUGUUUACUCUACGAUGAUGGAAGGUGGAAGAUUUCCGAGACAGACAAAUGCAUGGAGGAUGAAAGAAGUGAGGAGCUGCUUUGUGGCCAUGGACAAAGCCAGUCCUGUGUGCAAAUGCUGCGACUGUUAGCAGAAAUUCACUUUAUCAGCGCUGAGGCCACUAUCCAGAAACUGUUAGUAGAGGGGGUUCAGCUCAACAGCCCGGCUGUUCCACCACAGGAGGGCAUGUCCGAAGAGGAUCCUCACUGGAUUACUUACAGAGAAUGGAUCCGAGCUUUGUCUGCCUACUCCACCUCCAAUUUCUUGCGUGCGGGAGAGCUGGGAGCAGAGAUCGGGGAGCCGUGGGUGGUGGCAAACACAGCCGUUUACCUGUGGAACUAUAAUAACCACUUGCUGUCAGCAGGGGAAUACCAACUCCUGCUUCCCACCUUCCAGACUCUGGUGGAAAUGCUCCAAAGGACAAAGGACAGUGGGAACCGCGCCCUGUGUGUGCUGAUGUGCGACGCUGUGGCCCGGGGGUUGAUCCAGCCUCUGUCUGAAAGAGAAAGUGAUGAGCCUGCUCCUGGAGGAGACAAGGGUAAAAACAGAGCUGUGCGGGGGGCGGAGAAAGCUGCCAGCACCCAUGGGGCGCCGUUAGACCCUGCUGCCUUACAGGAUGCCCGCAAGGCAAUAGAGCUGUGUGAGUAUGCCCUCCGCAUAUCCAGUUGCCACAUCACUGGGGAGACUGUCCCGAUUGCAGUAAAGAAGAAAGUGUUAGCCACAUGGGUGCAAAUCAAAAGGAUGCUGCAACAGCAAAUCGGAUCAAAGUUGGACAUGUUAAAUGAUGAGGCAGAGAAUGAAGAAGAGUCCGCAAUGAUGAAUGUGCUUGUUGGAGUGGAGAUGCUCCGGUCCAACAGAAACCAAGGCCACAUGGCGUUUUCUGUCCCCAGCCUCUCUGCACUGGUGAGCAUGGCAUCUGAAUGCAGCUGGACCGAUGCUUUGGUGGAGCUGCAGGUGUGGUGCCAGCUGGCUGCCUUCUGCCACCACGUCAAGGACCACAGCUUGGUGUUGCAGUGCACCCAGAUCGCUCUGCAGCUGGGGGAGGCAGCAGCCAAGAGCCUCAACACCACGCCCUGUGUUUUGUACAGCCCUGAUGUUGUGAAUGAGCUUCUGAGCAGUGCCGCCUGUUUAAGGGGUUUGAGCUUAGUCCACAAGUCGAGUGGAGAUCAAGAUGCAUACAAAGAAGCUUUGAAGGUCCUGCUGUCGGGUGUCAGCUUUGCGGAGAAAGCUGGCAAUCGAAUAUUAUGCUCUACAGCUGCCGGGCAUUACUGGAAUGCAUGUUUGCCUCUGACACAGACUCUGGAGGGAAGAAGUCUGCUCAAAGAGCAUCUGGAGAAGAUCCUCAAUGCCCUUGUCCAUACUACCAAACAUGAAAAAGAACACUGUAAAUCGAAGAAACUUACAGCCUUGAGAGCUUUGCCUGGUUGGAAUUCUAAACAAAGAGCAACAAAGGAUGAAGAGGAUCCAGCCUUGAGAACAGCUAUUUACAGUUUAUUGCUCCACAUCCACUCCGACAAAGGAGACUUUGAUGGCGCUCUGCGGCUGCUGGACAAAGCUAUAAAAGACAUUCCUUGCUCCAUGCAUCGGAUGCCGUUGCUCAAAUAUCGCAUUCUGCUGAAAGCACGCCGGGGUGAAAGUAUUUUGCUGGACAUGCAGAAAUUCCAAGAUGAAUCGGGGCAGUGCUGUUCCUUAAUGUGGCACCAGGCGGCACAAUGUGAUGAUACCCUGAACCAUCAGUUGACCUACUAUCAGAGGGCCAUCGAGUCUCUCGGGAGCACUGAGACUCGGUGGCAGAAAGUCAGCCUCCUGCUUGAAUUUGCUGAGUGGCUGUACCGUUCCAGCUUCCCCAAAGCAGAUGCCCUACAGCAGGCCCAGUGGGCCAUAGACAUGCUGCUACAGGUGGAACCUGACCAAGCAGAGGUUAAAUCUCAAAGCAAUUUGACACCAGUGAAACUUGAAUCCUUGGAAGAAGUCAACGGCGUAUUCAUACAAAAUCUGUCCAGUCUUAAGGAGGUGCGUCGCCUCGACUACUUGAUACAAGCGCACGUUCUGCUCGCUGUCAUAUCAGACAAGACCUCACACGAGCAUCAGCUCAGCCUGCUCCGGGCUUACACCUUUGUGCUCCAAAUAUGGCAGGUUUCUAUGGCUGUGGCUUGUGAGAUUUCAAGUGAGAUGGCCAUGAGUCAGCCACAGCCGUCUCCUCCCUCGGCUGAAUCCAAAAAAGGCAAAGACAAGGGCAAAAGCAAGAAGGUGAAAGAUGAGCCAUCUCCUACCGAGGAAAGAAACAAACCAGUUGUGUUGGACGAGACACCCCCUUCCAGCCCGAGGGAUUGGGCUCGUUAUACUCAAAGCCUGUUCUUUCUAUCCCUGUUGGAAAAAGAACUACGCUCCCUCUCACUUGAUCACCUGACUCUGCCUGUGCUGCACCUAGCUGAGACCAUUGCUAAUGACCUUUUAGACAGAAAGGGCCUCUCCGACCUCUAUAGGCUCAGAAUAGUGCAGGCCUGUGUUCAGUUAGGUUUGGAGUCCCAUUCCCCCUAUGAGGAGAACCUCCUAAGCUUAAGCGGAAUUCAAGAAACAGAGCAAAUGGGGAGCCACAAAGCCAUAGCUCUUUCUCAAAAGAUGAGAGGCCUACACAAAGAUUACAGCCAGAGAGUUUUAGGGGAUAAGCAGUCCGUGUCUUGGCGGCACGGUAAGGACGCAAGUGCUCACGACCUUUGGCUGGACAAGGCAGAGGUUUGCCUCAGCAUGGGACUUUAUCAGCAAGCUAGACAGCUUCUAGCAGAGGCCCACAUGGUAGCUAAGGAGCUUGGAGAUGAGAGAGCCGUAUCGAGGAGUUUGCUCGGUCUUGCCACUCUGGCUUGUGAGGAGCAGAACUAUGCUCAGGCUUUGAUCCUAUUGGACAAAGCCCAAAGCGUGGGUGGGGAUGAUGAGUUCUGGUACCAGUUCACUCUUACCAAGGUCACAGCUGUUGUAGGCCUUGGAGACAAGGAUUCACAAACCAAGGUUGAUGAGAUUAUUAAAGAAGGCUGUGAUGCUCUGCAGCUGGUUCUGGGGAAGCAAGUGAACAGAGGCCCAGAGCUCACUUUCAUGAUCACCUCAUUAGAGAAUAGAGGUGCGGUGGAAUAUGUUCACACCAUCGUUGGAGUCGAACCCGGAGAGACGCUCAGCGCUAAGGUUUUCCAGAGGCUGAGAGGUGCCUGUGACACACUAAGACGGUGCGCCACCGUUUUCACCGAGCUGUGCUGUAGGGAGCGGGCUGCAAAGACGCUUGUAGAGCACGCCUGUGCUCUGAGACUCCUCGCCUCUCAUAGUACAGACAGAGAAACGCAGCAGCAAUCCCUACUCGAGGGCCUUUCCCAAAUGCAGCUAGCCGUCACGCUGCAGGAGCAUGUGGCGCUGAAUGUGCUGAGUCUGCUUUCUCCCCAGCAGAGUCUUGAACUCUCGCUGGCAGCUGUUAGGAAGCUGCUGCGCCUGCGGCUGACCCUGGCAGAUUUUUGUUUGACUGUUCUGGAGAGGCACUGUGCGGCAGAGAUGCGCCAAGCGUUGGUCCAUGCGGGGAAGACCCCUGCCGAAAUAGCACUGGAGGAGUUCACUCGCAGCUCACCUGAGCCAGACUCUACCGAGGAGGAGUGGAUGACUGCCGGCAGAACAUUGGGGCAGAUGGCUGUGAGCCAGCUGGCUGCUGUCAGCGCUCACACCUCAGACGACAAGGAGAUCAGAGCUCGCUGCCUGACCCUGAUGGGAAAGUAUCUGAGGCUGACGGCUGCGCGCAAGGAGCCCAUGUAUCUAAAUGGUAUCUGGGACAGGCACAAGCAGAAGGGGGCCUGGUCAGAUCCUAAAGGUUUUACCGCAGAGGAAUCGUCCUCUGAGAAAGUAGAAGCCGAUCCAAGCAGAAAAGAACUGGGGAUGACCUCUGCUACAAAUUCUAAGCUGCAGCAGAGCAGCCAUAAAGCUCAACUGCUGUUGGUGGAGGCCAGAAAAGCCUUAUCUGAGGCCAUCAGUCUGUGUCUCCAAAAUAACAUGUCCUCCAUCCUGGCCGAUGCCUCUCUAAAUAUGCUGGAGUGUCAGGGCCAGUCGGACCCUGCAGUGGCCGGUCAAUGCCUCGCUCUGUUUCAGAGCUGCUGUGCCGUUUCCAUGGCGGCUGAGGUCCUGCGCUCUGCCUGCCCCGACACCACGAGGUCCCAGCUCUCGGCUCUGCUCUGCAUCCACAGGAAUCUGCUCCUCUCUCAGGAGGAGAGACCCAGCAGCAUGCUGAAGGGAGUGGAGGAGUCUCUCAUAGGGAUCUGCAAAGCCUUCAGCCACCUGACCAUCAGUCCCAAUCACUUAAACAUCCUGUCAGAACUCCCACCAAACCUGAAGAUCUUGCUGCUUCAGCACUCUGAAGAUGGGUCAGAACUCUAUGGGGGUUUUUAUGGGAUGACUAAAGCUCCAGACAAUCAAAAAGUAAAGACUGCUCAAGGUACCCUAACAUGCUUGAGGGUGGCCAAGGCUUCAGUCUGCCCGCAGGCGCUUCUGUCACUCCGGGAGCAGACUCUGGCUUUCGACCAGGAGACUGGACUUUCUCUCCUUAUGGAAGACUCUUGGCACGGAGCCGAAAGCUGGUCGAAGGUCACUGCCAGACAUUCAAAGUCAGCACUUCUCUACAGAGGAAUUGUACGUGAUAUGGAAGGCUAUUUGAAGCCACUUCUGACACAGUUUGACUUCUCUUGCAUAAGGCCACAGGCUGCCUCUGAAAUGACCAAAAGCAAAGAUAAAGAAGAAAAGGGUAGCUCAGUUGUACCAGGUGAGAAUCUGGUGAUUCUCGCAGACAAGAAGUUGCUGGAGUUACCACUGGAAUCUUUGUCCAUCCUUCAGUCGGAGGGUCUAAGUUCUGUGUCACGAGACUUCUCUUUGCAAAUUUUCUACAGCCGCAUAAGAAAAGAAGAGCCACCGAAAGCAGUUGAAAGUGACAGCAAAAAAGAGACUAAAGGUGGCAAGGGAACGAAGGGGAAGGCAGAUCAAAGCCAAGCCAUCAAAGUGAUGCCUGCCAAUCCCGUGCUGCCCUCUCACACCUUCCCAAUGGACACACAGAAAUUCAAAUAUAUUGUCGACCCUUACAAUGAAGGGCAUUUUGGAGAGACCAGUCUGAGUGCUGUGAUGAAGACUGUUUUGGACACCCACAGCCAACAUCUUUGUCAUCUGUGGGAGGGCUUCAUGGGCAAUAAAGGAACACCCAGUUUGUCUGAUGUAGAACAAGUGCUGAGCAGAUGCAGUGGCUUUAUUUAUCUGGGGAUGGACAACUUCGUGGCCAACAUUCCACCUUCCAAACUAGCAGCCCUCAAUCUCUCUGAGUGCCGCAUGGUCAUGCUCUUUGACCGGGUUCAGAACAAAGCGAGCGUUCGUCGUCUGUCCAACUUUGAAGGGCGAAAGAGUGGAAGAGACCUCACCCUGGAGAAACCCUUGGAGACUGCCCUCUUGUUAAGUUUAGGUGGCGUUGGUUGCAUUCUCCUCAACCAGUGGCACAGCAGCCUUCAACAGAACGCACUUCAUGUUGCCACAGUGCUCCAUGGUAUACUAAAGGACCGAGAGACCUGCGGCCACACAGUCCAUGCACUGAGAAGAGAGGACAGCUCAGAGAUGCAGCGUCCCUUGGUCACAGCGUCAUAUGACCGAGGGCAUCUCACCAACACAGAGGAAGGCGAGGGUUCAUAUGAGAAGGCUCUCCCACCAUCAGCCUUCAACUGCGUUCUUUAUGGGCUUCCGAACUUAAUCGUCCGUUGAUAUACUGCUCUGCCUUCUUCAUCUUUCAUUCAUUUAUGGCUUCAGGUGUAUUAAAAGCAGUAAUGACUGUACUGCUGCAAGGAAAAAGUCAAAUAUAUGAACUAAAUCCUGUUAUUGUUUUGGGUGAGGGUACUAAGAUCCUGUUCAGGCUACGAUUUGUUUAACAUGCUACCCAUACAUGGUACCCGUAUGACCAUGCUCUACCAGAUAACUGCCAACUCAUUUGAGGUUAGUAAAUGAAGAUAUAAUAAGCCCUUUGAUCAUACUUCCCACAUUGAUAACCAAAUAAAUUAUUUCAUUGAGACUUUCUGCUGUCUUCAAACAUCACUUUAAAGAAUUGUAAGCACCAGUUUCGAAAAUAUACCCUACAACUCAGCCUUUGUACAUGGUUUGCCUU